AUGUAUGGCGACCACUGUCAAUUUGAUGGGGCAUGGAAGGCCACAGAAUGUCGUGCGGAUCUUGGAUGGUUGUACCAUUAUCGAGAGACGGGCGAACAACUAUUGGGGACAAGUAAUUUGCGUCGGGGACUUACACCUCUUCAAAUAGAGGUAGAAGCAUUAGUGUGGGCUAUGCAAUGCAUGAUUCAUUAUAAUAAGCAAGUAAUGGUUUUCGAGACAGACUGCUCGGAUGUGAUGAAGAUGGUAUCUAAUCUCGCAGAGUGGCCAGCUUUCUCGAUUCUUCUUGACGUAGUCGACCGGUGCAAGAGGCGCUUCACCUCAUUCUCCAUACAUCACAUACCAAGAACGAAGAAUACGAAGACAUACAAGCUAGCACGCAGUGCAUGA